GAGGGGGCUUAUAAAGAGAUCCCCAUCACUCAUCAUGUGAAGGAGGGCUGUGAAAAGGCCGAACCCAGCCAGUUUGAGCUGCUCAAGGUUUUGGGACAAGGCUCCUUUGGGAAGGUGUUUCUGGUGCGGAAGUUAAUUGGUCCAGACGCAGGUCAGCUGUAUGCAAUGAAAGUGCUCAAAAAGGCAUCUUUAAAAGUGAGGGACAGAGUUCGCACAAAGAUGGAGAGAGAUAUUCUGGUGGAGGUCAAUCAUCCUUUCAUUGUGAAGUUGCACUAUGCCUUUCAGACAGAAGGGAAACUCUAUUUAAUUCUGGAUUUUCUCAGGGGUGGGGAUGUAUUUACGCGUUUAUCCAAAGAGGUUAUGUUUACAGAGGAGGAUGUGAAAUUCUACCUUGCAGAGCUGGCCCUUGCAUUGGAUCACCUACAUAACCUAGGCAUUGUUUACAGAGACCUGAAGCCUGAAAACAUUUUGCUUGAUGAAGCUGGACAUAUCAAGUUAACAGACUUUGGCCUCAGUAAAGAAGCCGUAGAUCAGGACAGAAAAGCAUACUCUUUUUGUGGCACUGUGGAAUAUAUGGCCCCUGAGGUGGUCAACAGAAGAGGUCACACACAGAGUGCUGAUUGGUGGUCUCUAGGCGUCCUGAUGUUUGAAAUGCUGACCGGAACCUUACCGUUUCAAGGAAAAGACAGGAAUGAGACCAUGAACAUGAUUCUCAAAGCAAAGCUGGGAAUGCCACAGUUUUUAAGCUUGGAAGCACAAAGUCUUUUACGAUUGCUCUUCAAAAGAAAUCCAUCAAAUCGUUUAGGGGCGGGUCCAGAUGGAGUGGAGGAGAUUAAACGACAUGCAUUUUUCUCCACCAUAGACUGGAAUAAAUUGUACCGGAGAGAACUUCUGCCUCCAUUCAAACCUGCCGCAGGGAAACCAGAUGACACAUUCUGUUUUGAUCCAGAAUUCACCACCAAAACUCCCAAAGAUUCUCCAGGCAUUCCUCCCAGUGCAAACGCUCACCAGCUCUUCAAAGGCUUCAGUUUUGUAGCUCCAGUGUCAUUAGAGGAAAGCAAAAGUGCACCUUUAGUCAGCAUCCUCCCCAUUGUGCAGAUGCACAGCGGCUCUGCUCAGUUCUCUGAUGUGUACGAGUUGAAGGAGGACAUUGGUGUGGGCUCGUACUCCAUCUGCAAACGCUGCAUUCACAGAGUGACCGCCAUGGAGUUCGCUGUCAAAAUUAUUGACAAAAGCAAGCGAGACCCGUCAGAGGAGAUUGAGAUACUAAUGCGGUAUGGCCAACAUCCCAACAUCAUCACACUAAAGGAUGUGUAUGAUGAGGGUCGUUUGGUGUACCUGGUGACAGAGCUCAUGAAGGGAGGAGAGCUGCUUGAUAAGAUCCUCCGGCAAAAGUUCUUCUCAGAGAGAGAAGCCAGUGCUGUGCUCUACACAAUUACCAAAACUGUAGACUACCUGCACUGCCAGGGGGUGGUGCACAGAGACCUGAAGCCCAGUAACAUCCUCUACAUGGAUAAUUCAGGAAACCCGGACUCCAUUCGCAUCUGUGACUUUGGCUUUGCUAAGCAGCUGAGAGGAGACAACGGGCUGCUGCUCACUCCAUGUUACACGGCUAACUUUGUAGCUCCUGAGGUACUGAUGCGGCAGGGUUAUGACGCUGCCUGCGAUAUCUGGAGUCUGGGCGUUCUCCUCUACACCAUGUUGGCAGGGUAUACGCCAUUUGCGAACGGUCCCAAUGACACGCCAGAGGAUAUUUUGUUACGCAUCGGCAGUGGAAAAUUCUCUCUUAGUGGAGGAAACUGGGAUUCAGUGUCGGACUCCUCAAAGGAUCUGUUGUCUCAUAUGCUGCAUGUGGACCCUCAUCAGAGAUAUUCAGCAGAACAGGUACUGAAACACUCAUGGAUCUCCUGCAGGGAGCAGAACCCUCACUUUCAGCUCACACGUCAUGAAGCACCACAUUUGGUCAAGGGAGCGAUGGCUGCCACAUACUCUGCACUGAACCACAAGACCUGUAAACCGAUUCUGGAACCUGUGGCAGCCUCAAGUCUGGCUCAGCGCAGGAACAUGAAGAAGCUGACUUCUACAGACAUGUCCUGAACAGAGACGUGUCCAGAUCACUGUGUCCCCCUCCACACGUCCCCACACUUAUCUGAAACUAUCAGCAUUUCCUCCUGAAUCCUCAUACACAAUGCUGCAGGGAGUAAGAUCUCGCAGGAAACACACUCUCUAUAACAGCACCAGCUCUUCUUUCAUUUCACAACUGCUGGAUCUGAAGUGUCUCUGAGCAGUUUGAAUGUUCUUCCUUUUUUCACACCAAGGUUAACCUUAGGAAUUCCCUUGUUUCCUAAGAAUCUUUAUUUGGGUCAAUCUGGUGAAAAUAUGUCCAGGUCAUAUUUUACCCCAAAAUUUCAAAAAGAACUCAUAUUGUGCUUAAUGAAAAUGAAACCUAUUUUUAAGAUAUUCUGCAGUGUGACAUUUUAAUUUAAUUACUGUAAUGGACAAAAACAUUUUUCCCACAAAACAGUGAUUACAAUCAUCCUGUUCAGACAAAAAAUCUGGAAAAAAAUGUAUGUGCAACAAAGAGCACCAAAGAAGUAUAUAAACUUUUUUACAUUAAAACAAAUAAAAUUUAGACAGUAUAUAAAUGUGCUUAAUUGUAAUGAAAGUAUUGUCACAAUGCAAAAUAAAUAAAUAAAUAAUAAAUAUUAAUGAUCCAAAAAUAGACUUAAUAUUAAUAUUCUUAAUGUUCUUUGUGCAAAAUAUUACAUUUAAAACAUAUUUUCUAUAUUUUGGGGGUGAGAUAUGACCAAGCAUAUUCUUUAGCAUUUUUGUGAGGUUUCACCCGUUAUAGAUUAACCACUUAGUGUCCCGUCAGAGGAAUCAUGUUAGUGUUGUCGGGCAUACGCCUGAUGUGUGAAUAUUGUGACGUUACCUCAAGCAGCCAGUGUUAAAUGUUUCUUUAGCUUGAUGUUUAUAAAGUGUCAUUCAUCAUGGUCAUGUUUGUGUGGAUCCUUGAGCACAUUUGCACUUGGGCUCGGCAGGUCAUCGCUUCUGCAAGAUGUUUCCUCCAUCUGCUCCUCUGUCUCAGACUGCUCUUUGCCUUUCGUUGAAUGAAAAGUUUGAGGAAAAGGUGAAGAAAUGGAUCUAUAUUUAUGUUCUAUAUAUUCUAUAUCAGAAGAGGUGAAUGAAUGUGGAUGAGAUGAAUCCAUGAAGAUAGCUGGACAGGGACAGAUCUCUCUUCUCCAGAUGGAGGGAAAAUAUUCCAUAAACCUCUUUAAAGACAUUGUUGAAAUUGUAUCAUAUUGUAUUUAUUUUGUUUAUUUUUUUAAUCUUAUUUUUCUUUCAGGUUAUGUACAUAUUGACAUUAAAGAACAUUAUUGACAUUGAUUUUUUUUUCUCAUUUGUGCUUUAAUUUUAAGCUUUAAAUCAGCUAAACAAGAUCAUAUGCAUUGAUGAUUAUCACACUGGUAUUAUCUGUAAAAAGUG